AUGGCCGUGGGUCUCGAUAAGCUCGAAAGGCUUGAGAAGAGGUUCCGGCUCUUCUCAACGUCGAAAAAGAAGACUACCUCUAGAACACCCGAGCAUGAGAGCGAGCCAUCUUCGGUUGACCCUUGGUCAGCAAAUGGAGGAGACACUUCGCAGACCUUCCCUUCGCCAUCUUUCAUCCGGCCGACUUCACAACGAAUGAUGGCCAGAGAUGAGGUCGUAUUGAGUCCAAGACAAUCUCGACGCGCGCAGAGUCUCCCGGAUGCCCCAAGCACACCUCGUAUGAACUCACUGGUAUCUAUCAGUAUCAGUCCUCGGCCAUCCAACCACUCAGCGAAGAGCCCUCGCGUUCCACAAAGAACCUCGUCUCUCAGCCCUAGGAGUAGCCGCACCAGUUCUUCCUUGGCUGAACUACUCGACUUCAGCUUCGAUGGAGCAGGCGCACUGGGCCUGGGUGAUAACGAUACAAUGGAGCGUCGGUCGAGAUCCAAUUCCAAGGUUAAUCCACGUUCGACUUCUCCCUCUGUCUCGCCCAAGGCGCCGAUCAAUCGAAAGCGGUGCCCUUCGGAACAAGAAGGAUCUCCGUCGUUAUCAUUUGGCCCUGCGCCGAUUCCUACACCUCCAUGCUCUCCCCCAGCUUCUCCUCCGGUAUCUCCCAGUCUCGUUCCACGGCCUCUUGCUGGUGCCUAUCGGGCCAAACUUGGCCUGAUCGAACCUCUCGAGCGAUCACGGAGUGUCCAUGUCUUUGGGGAGCAAGCCUCCGGCCAACUUGAAAAGGAGCCGCGCAAGACGAGCAGUCUUUCGACCCUCCGACAGACCAAACCGAUGGCAAAGAGCAACACGAUCCUGAAGGAACCAAGCCUAGACGACUUCAUGGCGCUUAGCGACGACGAGAUCCUCGAUGGGUUUCCGAUGCCGCCUCAACCAAACCAGCCGGGCCCAAACCCAUCGAGUCGGAAUCCGCCCAGCUUCCCAUUGCCACCCGAUCCCCCAGUCUCGCCUACUCCUCGCCGACCCUCUGCCACAUAUCCUCUUCUGACACUCUCCCCUCCUCUUGCGAGCAGGCCAGCAACGGCCGCCGCGUUUGAAGCUGCGAGAAUUGCGGCCAAAUACAACUUUGAUCUCGUGUAUGUGGUCAAUCUUUGGCCUAAUGACAUGGGCCUUUCUCGACCAUCCUCUAGACGGUCGCCAUACCCGCCCUCUCCUCCUCAGACGCCGAUCUCUGGAUCGACACCCUCUGUCCGUAGGACACCCAGCAGGAGAAUAACCGGCCGUCUGCUCGCAGCUUACGGUUUGAGUUCGAUCAAAUACCCAUUCCGCAUCUCCGCGCCUGUUCAUGAAAAGGUCCUACAGACCGAAGACUGGCUAGAGUAUAGGAGCGACGAGUUGAAGCAGGAUGAACACGCCCGUGGAUACAUGUGUUCGUUCCACACCUGCUACCAUCCCUCCAAGCAGGAAUCUCUGGGCGCCCCAUCGACCAAAAAGCCGAAUAGAGGCAUCGUCUUUGCUGCAUACCGCAACACUCCUACGGACAACAACCAGGCGCAACUCGAACUGCUGAGAGAGGACGCCGAAACUCUGGUGGACUUACUGAUCGACAUCCACUCGACCCAGCGCGAGAGAAAGCCUUCUGCCGCCAGCAGGUAUGCCGCGCAGGAGACUGGCCCUUUGCCCAGUCCUCCAGUUAACCCAAUUUCAAUGAAUGCUCUUUGA